GCUGCCGGGAGGCCGCCGCGGCGUGUGGUUGGCUCCAUGCGGCCGGUACCCAGCGACGGGCGGGGCGGCGGGGGGAGGAGGAGGAGGGCGCAGCGGCGGCGCUGCGGGCGGAGGAGCCGGUGCCGGACUAUGUUGCGCCCGGGCAGGGAGUGACAGGCGCGCGCCCCCUCCCCCCGCCCCCCCCGCGGGUGACACGCGCGCGGCGGCCGCCCUAACGGCCCCGCAGGGGGCGGGGCGGGGGCGCCGGAGCCCUCCGGCCGCGGCGGGCUGACAGGCGCCGAGCCAGGAGCCGCACGUGUGGGAUGUAAAACCUGCCCUCGCCGCCGCCGCCGGAGCAUGAGCUGUGCCCAGGCCGGCAUUGUCCAGGUGAAAGGGCAGUUAACUGGCUGGCAGAAGAUCAGCCAAGGAGUGGAUACCUAUGCCUGACUGCAGAUACUAAGAAAGCAGCAAAAGCUGUUUUUCUCAGAUUGGCCCUUGUUGCCUCAGGUUUACUAAGGGCAUGGAAAGGAAGAGCCUCACUCAUUUCCUUGAUGUGACUGAGUGAAGAGCUUAGAGCUGUGCAUCAGGAGAAAGUGCAUUGAGGUCCUGGUCUCAGCUUUAGAGGCUCUGGGGCAUGCUCUGGGUUUUCCUCCCUGUUCUGGAGAAGCAUCUGGUAUGCCUUGAGUAUUGCUGAAGUCUAAUAAUAAGACUGAAUUGAUGCGCUUACAAUUGGCGGGUCAUUAUGCUGCUCCACCUGUGUAGUGUUAAGAAUCUGUACCAAAACAGGUUCCUGGGCCUGGCAGCCAUGGCAUCUCCAUCUAGGAACUCUCAAAAUCGGCGCCGGUGCAAAGAGCCUCUCAGAUAUAGCUAUAACCCUGACCAGUUCCAUAACAUGGACAUCAGGAACAAUUCCCAUGAGGCAGUCACCAUUCCUAGGUCUACCAGUGACACGGACCUUGUCACUUCAGACAGCCGAUCAACCCUGAUGGUCAGCAGCUCCUAUUAUUCAAUCGGGCACUCACAAGACCUAGUGAUAUACUGGGAUAUAAAGGAGGAAGUGGAUGCAGGGGAUUGGAUUGGCAUGUAUCUCAUAGAUGAGGUCUUGUCUGAAAACUUUUUGGACUACAAGAACCGUGGCGUCAACGGCUCUCACCGUGGUCAGAUCAUCUGGAAGAUUGAUGCCAGCUCUUACUUUGUAGAGCCUGAAACAAAGAUCUGCUUCAAAUACUACCACGGCGUGAGUGGGGCACUACGAGCCACAACCCCCAGUGUCACAGUGAAAAACAAUGCGGCUCCUCAGAUUUUUAAAAGCAUCACCAAUGAAGAUUCAAUCCAGGGACAAGGAAGUCGGAGACUGAUCAGUUUUUCACUAUCAGAUUUCCAGGCUUUUGGUCUGAAGAAAGGAAUGUUUUUCAAUCCAGAUCCUUAUCUGAAGAUUUCCAUCCAGCCUGGAAAGCAUAGCAUCUUCCCAGCACUUCCUCAUCAUGGACAGGAGAAGAGAUCUAAAAUCAUGUGUAAUACUGUUAACCCAAUCUGGCAAGGAGAGCAGUUCAGCUUCGUCUCCCUGCCCACUGAUGUCCUGGAAAUAGAAGUAAAGGACAAAUUUGCAAAGAGCCGACCGAUCAUCAAGCGCUUCCUCGGAAAACUUUCUAUGCCGGUUCAGCGACUCUUGGAGAGACAUGCUAUAGGAGACAGGGUUGUAAGCUACACUCUGGGUCGCAGGCUUCCUACAGAUCAUGUCAGUGGCCAGCUGCAGUUCCGAUUUGAGAUAACUUCUUCCAUCCAUCCAGAUGAUGAAGAGGUCUCCAUUAGUGCAGAUCUUGAGCCAGCUGGCCUCCAGGAAAGCCCAGUGAACAACCCCACAGAGGAAAGCCUCGGUGAGCCUCCAUGCAUCAACACAGUGACCUCAGAAAUUACAGCUCCAGAACAGCUAAAUGGAUACAGUGUGAACAAUAUCGAUAGCCCAGGGGCUGUCAAACCACCUGGGCAAGGCAACCAGAACAGCUUAAACGAAGAGCUAGCAGGAGAUGGGGAGGCUGAUACGGUGCCAAUUCCUGAGCCCUUGGAAUCCAACCCAGGAGAAGUGCUGCCUUCUUUGAGUGCUACGGACCUCACGGAGCAAAUGGCUCUGCUGGCUUGUAUGUCUCCUCCUGAGACUGAAGUUAGGGAAAAUAAUAAAGUCAAUUUUGGUCCUCAGGGAGAUGGUGGAGUCUUGACCAGCAUAGAAACAUUAGAUAUCGAUGAGGUGAGUGCAAAUGUACAUGCUGGCAAGGAUCUAGAGAAGAGUCAGGAAGAAGAAGGGGCUUCAGCCCAGGAGGAUGAAGACAACAAGCUACAACUAAGGACCACAGCAAAGAGGAAAAACAGGCCUUGCUCCCUGCCUGUGUCCGAACUUGAGACAGUCAUAGCUUCAGCUUGUGGUGAGCCAGAGACCCCUCGCACACACUACAUACGGAUUCACAACCUGCUCCACAGCCUGCCCUCAGCACAGAUGAGCAGUGAUGGGGAAGAAGAGCAAGAUGGCGGUAAUAGCGGGGAAAAUGAUGAGGAGUCCACGGUCAAGGAGGCGUUGGAGAAGGAGACAGUCAGUGAGAGUGAGACAGUAGCAGCAGAGCCUCCUCUGGAGAGUGAGGCUGAAGAGAACUUCAGCCAGGUCACAGUGCCUCCCGGGACUUCGGCCGAGCAACUCUCUGACUUAAAUGAAGGGCUGUUGGAUGGGGAACACCCCAGGACGGGAAGUGAGAGCGAGUCAAGCUCCAGGCCCAAUGGGGACAACGAAUGCGAGGCGUGCGACACCUCUUGCUACAGUCCCUCUUGCUACAGCACCUCCUGCUAUAGCACCUCCUGUUACAGCACCUCUUGCUACAGUACCUCCUGCUACGACAGUAACAAUCGCUUCUCCAGCCAUACCCGCUUCUCCUCUGUCGACAGUGCAAAGAUUUCUGAGAGCACAGUCUUUUCCUCACAGGAUGAUGAGGAAGAGGAGAACAGUGCUUUUGAGUCAGUGCCAGAUUCAGUACAGAGCCCUGAGCUGGACAGGGAGCAAGUGGAUGGCUCCUCCCAGUGGCCAGAUGAACUAGUAGCUCAUGGUGGGAAUCCACAAAGAGCCAAAGAGGGUCUAGACACUCCAAUAGCAGGUCCAAGCAGCAGAAGAGAAGGUGAUUGCCCUUUACUCCAUAAUUCUCAGCCAGUCAGCCAGCUUCCUUCUCUGAGGCCUGACCAUCAUCACUACCCAACUAUCGAUGAGCCUCUUCCACCAAAUUGGGAAGCUCGGAUAGACAGCCACGGCAGGGUGUUCUAUGUCGAUCACGUCAACCGAACCACAACGUGGCAGCGUCCCACAACCGCGGCAACACCAGAUGGAAUCCACAGGUCUGGCUCCGUCCAGCAAAUGGAGCAGCUAAAUCGGAGAUACCAAAAUAUCCAGCGAACUAUUGCAACAGAGCGGACUGAGGAUGAUGCUGUAGUUAACAGCAGAGUGGAAAGAGUUCCCACUGGAGGAGGAAGUGACUCUGAGGCAGAGCCUUCCCAGCCAAGCUCAGAAAUUAGGAGGGAAGGUUCCCUUUCUCCUGUGAAUUCUCAAAAAAUCACCUUGUUGCUGCAGUCUCCAGCUGUAAAGUUCAUCACCAAUCCUGAGUUCUUCACUGUGCUGCAUGCAAACUAUAGUGCCUAUCGAGUCUUCACUAACAGUACCUGCUUGAAGCACAUGAUUCUGAAGAUCCGCAGAGAUGCUCGUAAUUUUGAGCGCUAUCAGCACAACAGAGACCUGGUAAAUUUUAUCAACAUGUUUGCUGAUACCCGACUGGAACUUCCUCGUGGCUGGGAGAUCAAAACUGACCAACAGGGCAAGUCUUUCUUCGUUGACCACAACAGUCGUGCUACCACUUUCAUAGAUCCCAGGAUCCCACUGCAGAAUGGUCGUCUCCCUAAUCACCUGACGCACAGGCAACAUCUUCAGCGACUUCGUAGCUACAGUGCCGGAGAGGCCUCCGAAGUCUCGCGGAACAGAGGAGUUACUCUCCUGGCCAGACCAGGCAACAGUCUCGUAACAGCUAUUCGAAACCAGCACCAUCAUGAGACAUUGCCUCUGGCUUACAAUGACAAGAUUGUUGCAUUUCUACGCCAACCCAACAUUUUUGAGAUGCUGCAGGAGCGUCAGCCCAGCUUGGCCAGAAAUCAUGCACUCAGGGAGAAGAUCCAUUACAUUCGGACAGAGGGUACCCAUGGGCUUGAAAAGUUGUCCUGUGAUGCAGAUUUAGUAAUCCUCUUGAGCCUUUUUGAAGAGGAUAUUAUGUCCUACAUACCACUGCAGGCUGCUUUCCAUCCUGGUUACAGUUUCUCUCCUCGCUGUUCACCCUGCUCAUCACCUCAAAAUUCUCCAGGACUACAGCGAGCAAGUGCAAGAGCACCCUCUCCAUACAGGAGGGACUUUGAAGCCAAGCUACGUAAUUUCUAUCGAAAACUUGAAGCCAAAGGUUAUGGGCAAGGUCCAGGUAAAAUUAAGUUAAUUAUACGACGUGAUCACUUGCUUGAAGGCACCUUCAACCAGGUAAUGGCCUAUUCACGCAAGGAGCUCCAGCGGAACAAACUCUACGUCACGUUUGUUGGAGAGGAAGGGUUGGACUACAGUGGCCCAUCCCGAGAAUUCUUCUUCCUACUGUCUCAGGAGCUCUUCAAUCCCUAUUAUGGGCUGUUUGAGUAUUCAGCCAAUGACACUUACACUGUACAGAUCAGCCCCAUGUCUGCCUUUGUUGAAAAUCACCUGGAAUGGUUCAGGUUCAGUGGUCGUAUUCUUGGCCUUGCUCUCAUUCAUCAGUACCUUCUUGAUGCUUUCUUCACAAGGCCGUUCUACAAAGCACUACUAAGGCUGCCAUGUGAUUUAAGUGACUUGGAGUACCUGGAUGAAGAGUUCCAUCAGAGUUUGCAGUGGAUGAAGGAUAACAACAUCACAGAUAUCCUGGAUCUCACCUUCACAGUGAAUGAGGAGGUGUUUGGACAGGUGACAGAAAGAGAAUUGAAAUCUGGAGGGGCAAAUACAGCAGUGACAGAAAAGAACAAAAAAGAGUACAUAGAGAGAAUGGUUAAGUGGCGAGUGGAACGAGGAGUUGUUCAGCAAACAGAGGCCCUGGUCCGUGGCUUCUACGAAGUUGUAGACUCCAGGCUUGUCUCUGUUUUUGAUGCCAGAGAACUGGAGCUGGUUAUUGCUGGCACUGCAGAAAUAGAUCUCAAUGACUGGCGUAACAACACAGAAUAUCGUGGAGGUUACCAUGAUGGACACAUAGUAAUACGGUGGUUUUGGGCAGCAGUGGAGAGAUUUAACAAUGAACAGAGACUCCGGUUGUUACAAUUCGUCACUGGAACAUCAAGUGUGCCAUACGAGGGCUUUGCAGCUCUCCGAGGGAGCAAUGGGCUACGGCGCUUCUGUAUAGAGAAAUGGGGGAAAAUAACAUCCCUCCCAAGGGCACACACAUGUUUCAACCGUUUGGAUCUUCCACCUUAUCCCUCAUAUUCUAUGCUGUAUGAAAAGCUGUUGACAGCUGUUGAAGAAACUAGUACCUUUGGACUUGAAUGAGGGAGUUCAGGCACUUCUGGUAUUUUUCUGGCUGAUGAUGUCACCUUUCCUUUCCACCAUCAUUUGAUCUUGGUUUCCCAUGUUUUUAUUUUUGAAAACAAAAAAAAAAAUCAAGAUUGACAAAAGCUGUGCAUGAAGAACUGCCGCCCUCUAAGAUCUAACCUUCAUGCUUUCAUCCUCUGUUUCCAAUGGACUGCUAGUCUGUAUGCAAUAGAAAAACAACUGUCUCAAGGUUUCUGUAUAUCUUUACAUACCUCCAUUAGUAACAAUGAAAAUACAAAUGCAAGUUAUGCUACACUUGACCAAAUGUUAAUAAAUGUUUACUUCCACCUACGUUGAUUAAAAAAUAAAAAAACCCUCAUCAAGCAUUCCAAGCUUUUAUAUGCCCACAUCUUCUAAAUCAAUCCACCGUCCAUCUUACUUCUUAACAGUUGAAUGCAGUACUAGGAGCUGGUCAAAUAUAUCUUUCAUCCAUCCUUAUUUUCCCUGUAUAUAUUGUUCAUCUGAGAGACAACUAUGAGCAGAACUGAAAUUUUUAUAUACGAACUCAUGAUCCACAUCAGUUGCAUCAGCUGGAACUGGCCCAGAUACAUGGUGCAGAUAAGACCUUCAAAAAUUGAAAAACAACCUGUAACGCAAUGCAAAGCAUAACAGCAGUUGUUAUGAUUGUUUCUUGCAAGUACUGGAAAGAACUUGCACUUCAGAGGUAUUGGGAGGGGCAUCUCUAUUGUAAUGUUUACCACACAAGAAGCACAAGGCUGUGCACACUCAAGAAGGAUGUCUUAUUAUGUAGCAUAAAGGACAAGGUUCCCUUACCUUAGUAUUGUAUGUGAUAAGGAAAAGGGGAAAUAAGAAGAAUGUUCUGCUCUUAUGAAAAUCUUUGAGUUCUGUUUACCAGAUCUUUGUUUUCUGAUGUUUAAAAUGCUCCUUUCCAAAUGAGAAGUCUAGACAAUCCCAUCCCCUGUAUCAGAAGCCAUUUACUUUCUGUCAGGCUGGGCUAAUCUAUGGUUACUGGGUUGUUGGGGGUUUUUUCUGGUUAUGUCAUUUUCCUUUCCUUGUUCAGUGCAAAUCUCCAUAACCUCAAGAAUGGUUGUAUACAGAAGGUUUUAGUCUAGGGGCUAUUAUAUGAGAAGCUGCAGUGAAUGAGAGUGCUUGUCAAGGAUGAAGGCGAUUGUAACCCUCUUUGGGUUAAGAACUUGUUGUAAUUCCUCUUGGAGUAAGCCCAAAGACCCUCCAGUCAUAUUAGGUACAACUAAAUUAAAGAUCUAGCUCUUGUUAUUUCAGACAAAACCCUCUUCAAUUUGGUGUACUUUGCAUUCCAGCUCUGAAGCCAGGGAAUGAAAUGAGCAGUAAACUUGUCUUUGGAUGGAUUUUGCUGAGGCUCAACCUCACAGCUCUGAUUGUGUUCUACUUUCAAACUUUGCUGCCCUUGUUUUCCAAGAUCCAUCUCAGAUUGAAAGUGUUUGUCUUAACUGGGAAAAGGAAAUAUGAAGUAUCUUUUUACUUCUGAUGAUAAGGGUGUUAAAGGAUGCAUAAAAUACAAAGCAAGAGACUUGUGAAGUAGCAUUGAAGGUAAGUAAGAACAUAACAUAGUGUCUAGCAGCUCACACGAAAUGCCACAUCUCCUUGGGAGCUUGUUACUGUUAGUCAUAUGUUAGCUAUGCUUCAGAAAAUUGUCAAACCAGGAGAUCAGUUCAAUGUCAGACACACCUUAUUCCCAUAAAUUUUCUCUCUGGAGAAAAUAUCCAGGCCCAGCUUUCUCAUGUAUUUGUAUGGUGUAUAGAAACUCAUCACACUCGAAUGACUGCAUUCUUUGAGUUUUAAAUCAUUCUCCUGAUUGAUUCAUAGGUCAAUAGAUGUUUGAAUGGUGAUGGACCCAAAGACAUGUUUUUAGGCAGAAAUAGUAGCUUUUUGUUAAUGAUAUAUAAAAUAUUUGGGAUAUUUAAAUUGCCCCAUUCAUUCUGUUUCUGUAACAUUUCAGCCACUUUUAUACUAAUUUAUUAUAUGACUUUUACUGAGGAUCUAUUUUAUAGUACAUGUUAUUUUUCAUAUUGAGUACUCAUAUUACAGUUGCCUACCAAGGCCUCAGCUACAGGCUAGCUCCAUUGGACUAGUGACUGUAAAUGAUGCUUAUUACUUCCACAAAGUAGCUCCGAGUCAUCUAUUGCACAUGCCCAGCCCCUCUGCACAGUAGUGAUGGAACUCUUUUUGUCUUUUUGUCUUUUUCCUGAGAGCAUCUGUCACAUGCAUAUGAAUUACAUCAGAGCGAGUCACACCAGGAGAGACCUAACAACUCAGUUGUCAACAUAUGUAAUUUCUGCCUCCUUCACCACUGGGCCCCAAAGUCCAGUGAUUCAUGUAUGGCUCCUGUUUUAUUCCUGGUAGUGUUACAUAGUUACCUGCACUAUGCCAAAAGUUGGAUGUCUUCCAACAAUAAAAGAAAAGAAGAAGUAUCCAACUGGUUGGUCCCAGUUUGGUCAAAGAAAAUAGUGCAUCAAGAGCUGUCUCAUUAACAUAGUAAAAAAAUAAAAAGUUCCAAUCUUUACAAUAUUGUAUAGUUAGAAUUUUUUAAGUAUUUAAAAACUAUAUUUUACUAAGAAAAAGUGAAACUAUUUUUUGUAGCACAAUAAAAGAUAUUUGUAUUUCAGAGACAGCAUCAAACCCCACUGAUUGAAACAAGAAAGGCUUUCUCCUGAAAUUCUUCUUCAUAUCGUGUUCUGGCACUCACCAUACACUAAGAGCUAGAUUAGGUGGCAUACAUCUCCAUAUUUGGCAAAUGCCAUCUCAGGCAGCUUGUGUGUUCCUGAUUUAGGAAACAAACAGCAUUAGCCAGCUACUUCCCAUCAGAACCUUUGGCAAAAGCUGUCUUUCAAGUGCAGAGUCUAGAAUAUUUUUAAAAGGCUGUUUUCUUCGGUGACUGUGAUGACAUCAAAGUAACAAGAUCCUUGUUACUUUGCAGGUUUUUGCUUGCAGGGUUUUGGGUUUCUUUUGUUUUGGGUUUUUUUGUUUUUUGGUUUUUUUUUUUUUUUGGAUGUAAAGCCAAGAAUGGGGAAAGACAGUUGACUCUCUUUUUCAUAAAACAAAGAGAAAGAAAACACCAUACUACUGUUUGUUUUUCUUGCUUUCUACUCUUCCAGUUCUCUUCCCAAAUGCCCUACCUCAAUAGGUUUUGAAACAUUGAUAUCUCUAGGAUACCAGGAUCAACAUCACACAGUGCAAUUCUCCAUUCAUUAUAUCAUGCCAAGGACUGAAUGCAGUCCCAGUCUGGCGCGAAGCGGAAGCCGUGCAUCUAAGUGGUACAGCAGUGUUAUAGAGAGUAAGUGAGGCAGUGACUGGUGCUAACAGGAGAGGGGGAGGAACCCACCUCCCUUGCCCUGUUAUUUAACCUGCCCAUUAUGCAAUUAAUUGCCUUUAUUGUUGUUGUUACUGCAAAUACGAGGCAAAUAUCCUUCCUUGUUCACCUUUCAAUUCAAAUGCUGUCACUCACAUACAGGAUCAUUUGUGCUCUCCCCAAGUCUGCAUUUUCGUUGUUGAAACAUUGACUGUUCAUUACAGAAUUUCUGGUUUCAUUUUUUUCCCACAGGAAAGACUGUAAGAUUUUCUAUAGAGUAGAUUUCUGGUGAAAUACAUCAGCAAUGAAAGUCAAAAAACCAUAAUCUGUUCAGUUCCUUCACCUCCAUUCCCUUGAAACAUAUGUUGGCUUAUUAUUCUAAGACAAGACAUCAACAUCAGUAGACUUUAAAAUGCAAGUGAAAGAAAUAGAACAGGAAAUCUGAAAGAUUUUGUGAAUUGCAAUCAUCAACAGGAGGAGUGAAAAUGAGUAAUUUGUAGGUUCGGUUGAGGAGGGGUGUUAUCUUUCUGAAAGUGACUGUUGUGAUGAUAUUAAUGGUAGAGGGAAGGAAAAAGAAGAUUUCUGUUCAUGAAAUCCUGAUGCUAAACUAGCAUUAAGCUGAAGAUACAUGAAUGAAAAUAGAUAUUCUACAUCAUCAGUAGGUCUUCCACCCUGAAAUGUUCUUACUGACUGCUCAAGUGAAUAAGCUAUGCAGGAUUUAAUGCAGUACAAAUACAACUGUACCUUACCAUUGAUUGCAUUAGGUCUAAACUUUAUAAAUGUUGUCACUUCAGUUUGGAGUAUGUUGCAUGAGCAUUCGGUUUCAGUCAUGUGGUUGUGUGUAUCCUGAACUUGACUUUUAUAUUCCAGGGAGAUCCAUGGCUAUCACAAGCCAAAAGUAAGUGGUCCAAAUUAAACCACAAAAGUGGUCCAGAGAACACAUGAGUUUUGUACAGGUCUGACACAGAGGACUUUUUUCACCAAUUUUGCUCAAGUGCCCAUGAACUUUUCAAAGAUCUGUAGCUGAGGUUUGAGUUUUCAGUCUAGCCUGAGAGACAGCCGGGGGGGGGGGGGGGGGGAUUGGUUUUGUGUUUUGCUGGUUUGUUCUAGUUUCACUGUAACAAAUAGUUGACAUACUUCUAGUUGAAAACAGCAGGAUACUGAAUUUGGACAUGGAAAUCAAUUAAGAUAUAAGCUAAAACAUACCACACAGAGGAUGAGCUAAACUCAUCCUUUGCUAUUAAUCCUGUGACAGUCUAUGAAAUUACAGAAGGAUGAAUUUGACUGCAGAUUUGUUUAACUUCUAUUGAAAUAAUAAUUAUUCACCCUGUCUCUAUAGUAACAUUAAUAGGGCUUCCCAGUAAAGAUUGAACACUUUCAGUCAAAUGCAGACCAACAGAUCUUUUUAUGACAAAUGCGGUGCUUUAUUCUUAUUCUUGCUGUACCUCAAUGUUCGUUAUUUAAAAAAAUGACUGCAAUAUACUAAAUCUGGGUUUUCCAGUUAUCACAAGGUCCAAAAGAUUGGAUUGUUACUUUCCCUCUAGUGAGUCGUGUAGUUCCUUUGUUCUAGUAGAAAAACAGAUGCCUGUAGAUAGUAGAUACUAGGUAUAGUAAAUAUUGUACCAUUAGCCAAAUUCCCUGCAGCUUCCAAUUUAUCUAACAGAAAUGUCUGUUACAGUUUUUGUUAAAGACUACAUAAAGUCAAUGGCAGGAAAGGUCCUCAUUAUUGGACUGAUUUUGCUUAUAUUGACAGAACAAUGUCACAUGAUACUCAGGCUGUGCUUUCUAUUCAAUCAUAUCACUAUAGAGGAAUGUCAAUAAACUCACUUUGUUAUGGCA